AUGCCCCCCAACCUCACCGGGUAUUACCGCUUCGUCUCCCAGGAGAACAUGGACAACUACCUGCGCGCUUUAGAUAUCAACGUGGUCCUGCGAAAACUGGUUUGCUUCCUGAAGCCCGAUAAAGAGAUCAUCCACACGGGAGACCACAUGGUCAUCCGCACCAUCACCUCCCUGCGGGACUACGUUAUGGAUUUUGACCUGGGGGUCCAGUUUGAGGAAGAUCUGGGGCCCGUGGAUGGGCGCAAGUGCCAGACAACUGUCUCCUGGGACGGGGAUCAGCUGGUGUGUGAGCAGCUCGGGGAGAAGAGGAACCGAGGCUGGAGGCACUGGCUGGAGGGGGACCAGCUGCAUCUGGGAACACUUCCCACCAGUGACCUGUUCAUAGCAGAUGUCUCAGACAGUAGUCUCCAGCGCUUGCCAGCUACCUUCCAGAUGUGGUUUCUGAGUAAACUGUCCUGGUGGGACAGCGAGCCAGCAGAACCUGCUCCGGCACGGCAUGGCGCAGCAGUGAGCCUGCCCAAGUAUGGUCAUCACGCAGAGGAGCUGUCUGGACCUCUGGAAGUGCUGGGGUAG